CCGCAAAACCACACCACUUUACAUACUCGUGGGUCACAGCCCACCACUCGCUCGCUCCCCGAGAUGCAGGUGGACAGGAGUGCCAGAGAUGCCCUCUUCGAGAAGGCGUGCGCAUGUGAAGAUCUCUUGGCCCGUCUUGGCACCCGGCCCAACCUCAGUCCUGACUCCGACCAUGAGGUUGAUGACGAGCCCCUCCGUUGCUUGUCUUCGGUGGGGAUCAACGGUUAUGGCUUAGCUGUCGAAGCCAAGGGUGCUUCCAGAGCAUUCGAGAAGUCGCCCGCCUCACUGUGGGGUCCCGCUCUUGCGCGGACGCCCGGGAGCGCACGCACGCCACUGAGCAGCAUGGCUUCGGCGUUUGUUCCGCGUGCUUCGCAGGUGGUCAGCACGCCCCAGCAGCCUCCCAGAUCAGAGGAUGUUCCAGUUCCCUGUUUUGCACGCCAAUUAUCGACAGAGCCAGCGCCGACCACAGCGAUGCUGCUGAACCUGCCGUGCGACCUGAUGUGUGAUGCUCUGCUCCUGGUGUUGAACGCUCACGGCUUUGCAGGGCUCUACGAUUUUGUCUACGUUCCAGUUGACUUCGAGAGCCGGAGAGGCAAAGGCUUCGCUUUCGUGAACAUGAUCACUGAGGAACACAUGCAGCGCUUGGUCCAGGUCUUCCACGGCUACAGCGGCUGGUCACGUGGGCGACGAAAAAUCUGCAAGGUGACUUCGUCCAAUGUGCAGGGCUUGCGGGCGAACGUUCGUCGCUAUCGGAACAGUCCAGUGAUGGGCCACGACGUUCCUGACAUCUUCAAGCCAGUGCUCUUCUCGGGCACUCAGCAGGUUCCGUUCCCUAAGCCGACCAAGUGUUUGCCCCAGAUUCAGCCGAACGGGCGUCCCAUGUGCGCACGCGCGCUCCAAUAG